AUGGGUUCACUGGAAAAUAUACGCCACCAUCUUCACGGGCUGAAGCCAACGCUGUUAAUGAUCUGCGUUCAGACAAUAUUCGCGGUGGUCAACAUCGGCUACAAGCUGUCGGCCAACGACGGCAUGCGCCUCGCCGUCCUGGUGGGAUACAGAUUUUUGUUUGGCGCUGCUUUUAUCGUUCCCCUUGCAAUUUUUCUUGAGAGGAAAAAGAGACCAAAGUUGACGUGGAAAAUAGUCUUCUACGGAUUUCUUUGUGGUUUAUUCGGGGGAUCACUUGGGCAAAAUCUAUAUUUGAAAAGCCUUGCAAUGACCUCUGCAACUUUUGCCUCUGCCAUGACCAAUCUUAUUCCAGCCAUCACAUUCUUGGUAGCCAUUUCAUUGAGAUUAGAAAGACUGGGCUGGAGCACAUCCGCAGGUAAAGCCAAAGUUGUUGGCACGAUAAUGGGCAUAGGUGGAGCAAUGCUCCUCACAUUCUACAAAGGGCCCGAGUUAAACCUUUGGGACACCCACAUAAACCUUCUAGAAACUACCACGACUCAUCGUCGCCAAGCAGGCGGCCAAACACCGAGCCAACCGGGUGGCCACAAUCUUGCCCUAGGUGCCGUUUUGGCCUUGGCCAGUUGUGUAUGUUACUCGUUAUGGUUGAUCGUCCAGGCUAAGGCCUCUGAGAAAUAUCCAUGCCCGUACUCCAUAACGGCUAUGAUGACCAUAUGGGGCACGAUACAGAGCAUGGGAUUCGCGGCGUGCACCGAGAAGGAUUGGAGCAAUUGGGCUUUGGGUUGGAAUAUCAGGCUUCUCACAGUGGCUUUUGCUGGCGUAUUGGGUUCGGGAGUGAUGUUUACAUUUGUGGCGUGGUGCGUGAGGAUGAGAGGGCCGCUGUUUGUCUCGAUAUUUAACCCUCUGCUCCUUGUGUUGGUAGCCAUUGCAGGAUCUUUGCUUCUGGAGGAGAAGCUCCACUUGGGAAUGGUGUUAGGAGGUAUUGUGAUAAUUGUGGGGCUUUACACAGUAUUGUGGGGAAAAGGGAAGGAACUAAAGAAGAUGUCUCAAUUGAUGCCUGAAAAUCAGGUGAGCCAAGCACACACCGGCGGGUUGCCGGAGCCGCCGUUAGAGUUGCAGCAAAGUGGAAGUGGCAGUAGCAACGGCCGUGGAAGUAGCAGAAAGGGGGAGGAGGAGGAAAUUAGAGACGAUGAGAGGAGGAAUUCUGAAGCAAGCUCUCAUGAAGUUUUAGGUGGGCUUUACAUUUAUCCUUGA